AUGCAUACCAGCUUCAUUCUCAACGUCAUGCUUGCUUUGGGCGCCGCCACGGCAGUCUCUGCCUCGGCAAUUGCUCCUCGCGCCAAUCGUAAGGCCAACGAGUUCUCGAGCGGCGACUGUGCCCAAGGAACCGCCUCAUAUGAGCAUGAAAGCAACUUCAACGUGGACGUCACUAUGGACGACACCAGCCAUUCUGUCUACUUUGCCUCCGGGCCGUGGUUCUUUUACGGUGGAAAGACUGGUGACGGUGGCUCUUGCACCGGCGACUUGCUUGGAAGCUGGGCGAAUGAUGAAAGCCACCCGUGUGUGAACCUGGAUAGUAGAGGCGCUGAUGGUCGUCGUAUUAAGUGUGUCAAGUGGAACAACGGUAUCAAUUAG